UUGAACUAAAGAUAAAAUGCAGGUAUGCAUGCAACCACAACUGCCCAACUGAUUUGUACAUACAGCCCUCGAAUACUUUUCCUAUGGCUAACCAAAGCUGGACGGUACUUCCAACGAUCUUAGGGGUCUUGCUGAUUUGGACAUCCUCUCAAAAUCCGACCCACAAUGCUUUGUCUUCAUGAUGGACCCAAAAACACGGACAUGGUGCAAGGAGCCGAUUGGCAAGACUGAGAUGAUCUUGAACAAGCUGGAUUGCGAGUUCGUCAAAAGUAUCGUUAUCGACUAUCGCUUCGAGCAGAUUCAGCCUAUCCGUUUCACCGUUGUGGACGUCGAUAACCGUAACAACCCUUUGUGGACCGCGCAGGAGCUCAUCGGUCAUUUUGACACGGAGGUUGGCAAAAUUAUCGGAAGCCGCGGAAGGAGCUUGGCUGGCAGAUUAGACCACCCGCAGCACCGUAACUCCCAUCGAGGAACCGUUAUUGUGAGCGCGGAGGAGCAAUCGCAGUCAAAAAGGGUGAUUAGGCAGGUGAUAAGGCCCAGGAUCAAAAGUCGACUGGUAAAAUUAAGGUUUUUGGAUCAGUGUCCCACAAAUGCUCACAUUCUGUUUUUUACUUGCAGAUUCAACAUUGAGGCAACAAAGAUCGCUAAAAAAGCCCUUUUUCGCUCGGAUCCAAGUUCGUUCUUCAUCGUCCAUCGUGCCUCGGAAAACGGCGUGUUUUCACCCAUUUAUCAAUCCCAUGUGGUCAGAAGCAAGAGUAAUCCCAUCUGGGAUGAGUUCUCCAUAAAGGAAAUCGAGCUCUGCAAUGGCGACCCAAACAGGCAGUUAAAGAUCGAGGUCAAAAGGUUCAAGGAAAAUGGACAGCAUGUUACCAUUGGAAUCACCCCCUAUUUCACUCUCCAGGAUCUGUUGCACUUGCAGAAACCAAAAUAUUACCCCUUGUCUCCCAUGCCUCCUGGGACAGACUUGGUGAUCAGGAGGAUGAUGGUCACUGAACCACCUUCGUUCUUGGAUUACUUGGCCGGCGGCAUUCCACUCAAUCUGGUCGUAGCGAUUGAUUUUACACAGAGCAACGGCGAUCCCCGCGAUCCUCGAUCGUUGCACUUCAGAAACCCAUCGGGCGAAAAUGAUUAUACGAGGGCGAUCCGGAGUGUCGGAAACAUUCUCCAGUGCUACGAUACCGACAAGAAGUUUCCCGUUUAUGGAUUCGGCGGCAAAGUGAACGGCCAAGUCAGCCAUUGUUUCGCUCUCAAUGGAAACCCGCAAUUCCCCGAGGUGGAUGGCGUCGAUGGAAUUCUCGCUGCUUACUGGCACGCUCUGCAGUUCGCAGAGCUGUACGGCCCGACCAACUUCUCGCCCGUGAUCAACCAGACAGCAGCCAUUUGCAAUCAACACCGUUCGGGACAGAUGGAAGAAUACUAUGUCCUCUUGAUUUUGACCGACGGAGUCAUCACCGACAUGGACAACACCAUACGCGCCAUUAUCGACGCUUCGCGCCUACCGCUCUCCAUCAUCAUUGUCGGCGUUGGAUCUGCCAAUUUCGACAACAUGAAUGUGCUGGACGCUGAUGACGAGCCGCUUCGAGCGAAUGGAGUGACCAUGGCCCGGGAUAUUGUCCAAUUCGUCCCCUUCCGCGACUUCCAGGCUGGAACCUUCGGCAAUGAGGAGUUGGCCGAAGCAGUCCUGGCAGAGGUACCAGAUCAGUUUGUGAGCUACAUGACCCAGCAUAGCGUGAAGCCACGGGCACCCCCAAGGGCCGAUACAAUGAUGGCUAGGAGCAAUGGCGGCAUAACAAGCCCGAACAUGAGACCUAUGUCCGCAAUGCCUGCAUAUGUCGAUACCGCAGCAAGCCCGAAUAUGAGACCUAUGUCCGCAAUGCCCGCAUAUGGUAGCUACGGCGCUUACAGCUCGGUGCCAUCGUCACCCACAGCUGCUGGUCCCUCAGUUGGUUUCCCUGCUGGUUUCUCUGCUAAUCCUUCUGGCAGCAGGGCGCCGCAGAUUGUGCCUGAUCGAUACUCUUAUCAAGGAAAGGCAUAAUAUCGUGGUCGUAUGCCGCUGCAUACAUUACCCACCAAGUUGAGCUGUACAGAAUAACUCUAAUGCUAAUAAAUAAUAUCGCGGACUUUGAUGAACGAUUAUACUUAGUUCGAUG